UCACAAUUCGUCAAGUUUGUGCUUACGAGGCGGUGUCCGGGUAGUUUUGACAUACAUACUAGCUCAUCUUAAUUUGAUCUGAACUCACUUGAUUGUGGCGUGCAGACGGCAGAGACGCUCGCGCCAAACAUUUUGGGAUUCGGUGUAUUGGAUUUGUAUCUCAGUGCCAUGGCGCCAAAGAUGUUUUGGUCUGCUGCGUGUAUAUAUACAGUGAUUGUCGUAGCAACUGGUCAGACGUGUCGCGAGGUGAACGACGAUCCAAUUUGUAGCAAAGUGGGAAAUGCCGUUUGCACAGGAAACAUGACAAAGUUUGGCACUACCAGAUGUCCGAACAUGUGCAAUACCUGUGAUGCUGCCGUGCUAAUUGCUAAUGCGACAGCUCAUUACGUGAUUGAUACAACCGGUGUCUUCGACGGGCGUAAUUGUUCCAACAGCGUGCCCGACUGCAAUGAGUUAGGCAAUGUUGUCUGCGAGCCCCCACUUCAGGAUUUUGGACUUAAAUACUGUGGUGUCAAGUGCGAGAGAUGUUUCGAUAAACAAAACGACACUGUGAACGAGAUGUCAACAACCACUACCAGUGAGCCGAGGACUAGUCCUUUGCAGACAACAAAAAAUCCAGAAAUAUGUGAUGAAUAUAUAGACGACCCUAUCUGUCGGGCUAUAGGAGUUAACAUAUGCAAUGUUACAUACAACGAAUUCUCCACUCGCAGAUGUCGCUUCUUCUGCGAGCUUUGCUCUAAGCAUAAUACCACGACUAUGAAUCAUACCAUGACACCAACCAAUCAAACCCAGGUUCCUGACGGCAGGGUUUGUUACGAUGACGACCGUGAGUGUGCAGAUAUUGGUGCCAUCAUCUGCCAGUCACCUCUCGAUAUGUAUGGGCGCGUUCAUUGCCAACUCUUCUGCGGAUUUUGCAAGGAUAAUAGCACCGCCGUCAUAACUACCCCCGUAACACCUACAACUGAAAAGACGACCACAAAAAGUUCCGAGCUCAAUAAAACAGUAGAGUAUUGCGCGGAGAAGACAGACGACGCCAUAUGCAGAGUACUUGGUCAAGUGAUAUGUACAAACUACACGGCGUUCGCAAAGGUCAAAUGCCCCUUCAUGUGCGAGUACUGCGAUCCUAGUGUUAACUACACUGGAGAGGUCCCGAGCACCACGCCGAGAACGCCUAUCACGUCAGAGGUUGGCCAAACAUGCUACGAUGAUGAUCCGGAAUGUUCCGACAUCGGUCCGAGCGUCUGUGAGGCUCCACUGGACGUGUUCGGAGGCGAACACUGUCGUAGAUUUUGCAAGUUAUGCACAGUAGUAACCCAACCUACAGCCGCGAGCACCUUGCAACAGACGACAACUCUACGCAGCACACCAGCGUCUACUUCCGGAAUACAGCAGACGACAACUGCAUACCAGCCAAGUACAGGCGGCGUUUGCGUAAAUGACCCGGAUGCAAACUGUGAGAAGCUCGGUCGGCAGAUCUGCGAGGGCCCUUUGCUGGACUUCGGUCGAUUAAAAUGUCCCCAGUAUUGCGAGUUGUGUUGGAACUCAAGUGUCCCCAGGAGUACCGAACGUACCACCGUUGUUGUGCCUACGCCAUUGCCCACUGGAGAGCCUGAACCCAACUUUUUCAAUGAUUGCAACACGACGGCUGAGCUGGUGUUUGUACUGGACUCUUCUAGCAGUGUGGGAGAAGCAAACUUCCAGUUAAUGAGAGAAUUCACUCAAAACGUCACGUUGCGACUGAAACAGGAAUACAACAUCAUAAACGUUACAGUGAUCACAUACAGCAAUAAAGCAAGGGUUGCAUUGAAAUUGUCGGAAUCAACAGACAUAGCUACGAUGCUUGCCCUCGAGGCCAACAUUACAUACGACCACGGCGGCACGAACACACACACAGCACUUGACCUUAUGAUGCAACAAUUCAGCCGAGAUGUCAACAACCCUAAAGUCGGCAUUGUCAUUACUGAUGGCACGUCCUUUGAGCCCGAUAAAACCGCUCAGUCGGCACACAACGCUAAAAUGAACGGCAUUGUGAUGUUCGUAAUUGGAAUCGGUGAUGACAUCAAUCCGCACGAACUGACGUCUAUAAGCAGCAAACCAGAUUCCAACUAUCUUUUCCAAGUUACAGAUUUCAGCGCUCUUAGGGCCAUUGCCGAACAAUUCCAGGCCAAGAGUUGCACCACACCUGCUCCACCAACAACAAGUACAACUACAUCAGUAGCCACGACAACAACAACAGAACCUGCACCGGUUACCACCACUGAAGCAGCUACGCAGACCAUAUCAGCAGUCACAGACGCUCAGAAUACUCCAAGCGUCAAACCGCCUGUAACCCUACCAACUGUGCCGAGUGAAAACACUGUAAAGUCAAGUAUUGCCACAGCAGUUCAGACACCUGUUACUCGGCCCACCAUGCCCACUGAGACUGCUUUUACUGACAAACCCAUAGUUCUUACUGGAGUUGUAACAGACAAACCACCUGUAGUCACCACAAUACCAACGGUUAUGACACCUGUUCAGCCUGUCCAGACCGACCCAACUGUUUCAAAAAUCCCCAGUGAGGUUUCUGUGAACCCAGUUGUCACCGGUAAAGUCACUUCAACUGAGAAAACGGAAACCCAAAGACCGCCAGCAGUAACUCAAAUUAUAACUGAGUCCACACCAAGUGUCGUUACUAACCCACCAUCUCCUGCUAUUAUAACCACAGAGGGUGUUCCUCCGACCACCGUAACGUUGGCACCGCCCGUUAAAACAACCACCACUGCUGAACCCCCACAGACGCCUGCAUUUACAACUACUUCUGAUGUUACGAUGGUUGUUACAACAACAGACGCGCAACCUCCAACUCAGUCACCGGUUACUCAAAAACAGAUGACAACAACGUCUGCUGAGCCCCCAAAGACGCCAGAAAGAGUAACUACAACGGAACGAAUAACAUUUAUCCAAACGGAUGCCACAAGUGUCUUAACGUCAACUACUCAGGCAGCAACACCUCAAAAACUGACAACCACCACAGCUGAACCACCGACGCGUUUGCAAGAAACAUCAACCCAGCAACCAUUUACGACUACUGUAGUUAACUCCCAAACACAGAAACCAUUGACAACAACCAUGGCUCCACAACAAACGGAGCCACAAACAGCAGAAACCACAACAUCAACAACAACCAAAGCAACAGUUCCAACAUCAAAGCCAGUAACAACAACCAAAACACCAAUUGAAACGCCAGAACCAGAAACAACAACACAAGCACCGAUUCCAACAACGGAAAAAACAACAACAACCGCAGCUCCAACUCAGGAACAAACGAAAACACCAAUACAAACGCCAGAACUUGUAACGACACCCAAAACACCUGUACAAACACCGGAAUCAGCCACCACUAUGCAACCAUCAGUAACAACUACGGAGGCACCAAUUCAAACACCUGAGCCAACAACAACAACAAAAGCACCAAUGCAGACAUAUGAACAAACAACAACAACGAUAACACCAAUUCAAACACCUGAACCAACAACGAAAGCACCAUUGCAGACAUCUGAACCAACAACAACAACGAUAGCACCAAUUCAAACACCUGAACCAACAACGAAAGCAACAAUGAAGACACCUGAACAAACAACAACAACAAUAGCACCAAUUCAAACACCUGAACGAACAACGAAAGAACCAAUGCAGACAUCUGAACAAACAACAACAACGAAAGCACCAAUUCAAACACCUGAACCAAUAACGAAAGCACCAAUGCAGACAUCUGAACAAACAACAACAACGAUAGCACCAAUUCAAACACCUGAACCAACAACGAAAGCAACAAUAAAGACACCUGAACAAACAACAAAAACGAUAGCACCAAUUCAAACACCUGAACCAACAACGAAAACACCAAUGCAGACAUAUGAACAAACAACAACAACGAUAGCACCAAUUCAAACACCUGAGCAAAUAACAACACCGAAAACACCAAUUCAAUCAACGGAACCAAUAAUAACAACGUCAACAACAGAAAAACCAUUGACAACUAGUCAGCUUACGCAACAACCAGCAGAAUCAACAACUACUUUGCCAAAGAGUACAACAACUGCAUCGUGCGUCGCUAAGGUAGCCGAUGUUGUGUUCGUUGUGGAUGCAUCUGGUAGUAUUGGCAUUGAAAACUUCGACAAGGUGAAGGCCUUCAUUAAAGACAUUGUCAGGACAUUUGAUGUAGACCCUCGAUACACGCAAGUUGCUUUGGUUGAGUUCAGCACUUACGCCAGAAUAGAAUUCAAGUUGAAUGAACAUUCCAACUUGACUGAUCUCAUAGCUGCUAUUGACAAUAUACACUACUCUGGGGGCGGAACUAUGACGUCAGACGCUCUGGAGUUGAUGCGCGGUCCGGGAUAUGAAGGAGAGCGGCCCGGUGCACCUGACAUAAGCAUCGUGAUCACCGACGGGCUAUCCAAAUACCCACCAAUCACCAAGAUCCAGGCGGACCGGGCCAAGGCAGAGGGCAUCACGAUGUUCUCCAUCGGUAUCGGGAACCAGACGGAUCAGGCGGAACUAACGGAGCUCGCAAGCGGACCACAGUUCCAGUUCUUUGUAGGAGAAUUUGGGGCACUCUCGAAAAUCGACAACGUCGUCGCGCAUUUGGCUUGCGGUGUUAUUUUGCCGACGAACCCAUACACUCGUACAACUACCCCGAUGACGACGACACUCGCUGGCUGUGUGGACACGGCAGACUGUUCUGGGUACUCCAAGGAUUCUUGUUCUGACUAUGAGCCAUACGCCCGCGGCCACUGCGCCAAGACGUGCGGUUUCUGUGGAACUGAGGUUGAGCGUCCCUGCAAAGACGCGAUUCCGAACUGUGGAUCUUACGGCACAUACAUCUGCUUCGAUAUCAACCAGUAUCAAUGGGUGGACAAGAACUGCCGCAAAUUCUGCGGUUUUUGUGGCAACAAGACAGAGGUUCUGAUCGAGUCAUCCACGACUACAACUACCGUUACAACUACUCCGGCUGGGUGUGAUGAUGUAUUACAAUGCCGGGAAUAUAACGCCGACCUGUGUACAAACCCGGAGUACCGAGGCUUUGCUGAGAAGAACUGCCGCAAAUACUGUGGAUAUUGCUUGGCGGAUAUUUACACCGUGACGCCUCACACGACCGGAAUUCAUACGUGCCCGGCUUGGGUCUUGCCCAAGGAGUGUAACUGCACAUACGAGAAACUCUUGAACACCGGCAUCGAAGUCACUGACUACAAGACACUGGUCGGCGUCGACGGCAAGAUCACGAAUGCCCCCUUGCAUUUGAUCACACCGACAGAGAGGUUCUGUAAAAUUGCAUGCGAAAAUGUGAAUUUCAACUUCUUCAUAACUUCAACUUCAACUUUCUACUUCUGCUGGGCCUACACUUGGAACAAUGUGACCAAAUGUUACCUGCACUUCUACAAGAGUCCUUUGAUCGUUGCCCGACCGGAACUGAAGGGGAGCAACACGGGCGAGUCUAUCAAUAUCAGGAGCUGUACUGAAAGUGUCAAAUGUCAAGCAACAAAGGCCGACAUAAUCCUAGUAGUGGACUCAUCCGGAAGUAUAGGCACAGAAAACUUUGACAAGGUCCGCAACUUCCUGAAGGACCUCGUGAAUAGUCUAGAUGUUGACCACAGCUUGACACGUGUGGGCCUCAUGCUCUUUAACGACAAGGCCACGUGGCAGUUCACUCUUAACCGAUUUGGAAACAAGUUCGAUAUGUUGAAGGUGAUCGAGCGGAUGGAAUACAUCGUCGGCGGAACUAUCACACACCAAGCCUUAGCCACCGACAGACAGGAGGGCUUCGGGACGGCUCGUCCCGGCGUUCCACGGAUCGCUAUCGUCAUUACGGACGGGCUGUCCCGCUACCCCGCCUACACCCGACGGGAGGCGAGCCUGCUGCGCGACGCGGGGGUAACCGUGUAUUCCGUCGGUGUCGGCGACCAGGCUAACUACCAAGAGAUCUUUGACAUGGCGAGCUCCCCGGAAAAAGAUCACGUGGUGCAGUUCGCCUCAUUCGAUGACCUUAAUCCCAAUAACCUGACCUUGGCUGUCGACUAUGAUGAAUGCAAAGAACUGACCACCAUUACCCCAGCUACCAACAUCGCGACCACGACGCCGGCGUGCUCAGAUAAGAUCCCUAACUGUGCGGACUACGGCCUUGACGCCUGUACCGACUACAAACCUUGGGCCAGCGUCAACUGCCAACUCUACUGCAAAUUCUGUCAAGCGCCCAGUAACGUUCGUCCUUGCGAGGACGAGAACCCGAGCUGCGCGUCUUAUGGGCACUACUACUGCGAGGCCAAAGAAUAUGUCCGCUGGGUUGACCAGAACUGCCGGAAGUACUGCGGACUCUGUGACGCGGUUUGCGAAGACAAGAGCGCUGGCUGCACGAAUUACGUGGACUCGUGCAAAGAUCCCAUAUACGAGGGUUUCCUGAGGUACAAUUGUGCAGCCACAUGCGGCUUCUGCAGGUCGUACCUUUACGUGAACGGGACCACAGUGCACAAUACCAAAACUAUUUAUUUAAUUAAAAUGGACCUGUUUGCAAAAUUAAUUUUGUUAGCCAUUGCGUCUGCAGCACUAUCGUGGCACACGACAUCCGCCCAGAAUUCGACGCACUGCGUGACCGGAACUACCCACUGCUCAUGGGAAGAGUGGGGUACGUGGUCCGCCUGCAGCAAAACGUGCGGAACCGGAACUCGCAGUCGGCAACGCGGCCUCUGCUGCACGCUGAAGCAGACGUUCGGAGAGUGCGUCACUUCCUGCAACUUGAAGGACAGCGAUUCCCUUGAGACGGAAACCUGUUCCUUCGUGUGUCCCGCCGGUAACUGUACAUACGAGAAACUCUUGAACACCGGCAUCGAAGUCACUGACUACAAGACACUGGUCGGCGCCGACGGCAAGAUCACGAAUGCCCCCUUGCAUUUGAUCACACCGACAGAGAGGUUCUGUAAAGUUUCAUGCGAAAAUGUGAAUUUUAACAACGGCUACUUCUGCUGGGCCUACACUUGGAACAAUGUGACCAAAUGUUACUUGCACUUCUACAAGAGUCCUUUGAUCGUUGCCCGACCGGAACUGAAGGGGAAUCACACUGGCGAGUCCAUCAAUAUCAGGAGCUGUACUGAAAGUGUCAAAUGUCAAGCAACAAAGGCCGACAUAAUCCUAGUAGUGGACUCAUCCGGAAGUAUAGGCACAGAAAACUUCGACAAGGUCCGCAACUUCCUGAAGGACCUCGUGAAUAGUCUAGAUGUUGACCCCAGCUUGACACGUGUGGGCCUCAUGCUCUUUAACGACAAGGCCACAUGGCAGUUCACUCUUAACCGAUUUGGAAACAAGUUCGAUAUGUUGAAAGUGAUCGAGCGGAUGGAAUACAUUGUCGGCGGAACUAUCACACACCAAGCCUUAGCCACCGUAAGACAGGAGGGCUUCGGGACGGCUCGUCCCGGCGUUCCACGGAUCGCUAUCGUCAUUACGGACGGGCUGUCCCGCUACCCCGCCUACACCCGACGGGAGGCGAGCCUGCUGCGCGACGCGGGGGUAACCGUGUAUUCCGUCGGUGUCGGCGACCAGGCUAACUACCAAGAGAUCUUUGACAUGGCGAGCUCCCCGGAAAAAGAUCACGUGGUGCAGUUCGCCUCAUUCGAUGACCUUAAUCCCAAUAACCUGACCUUGGCUGUCGACUAUGAUGAAUGCAAAGAACUGACCACCAUUACCCCAGCUACCAACAUCGCGACCACGACGUCGGCGUGCUCAGAUAAGAUCCCUAACUGUGCGGACUACGGCCUUGACGCCUGUACCGACUACAAACCUUGGGCCAGCGUCAACUGCCAACUCUACUGCAAAUUCUGUCAAGCGCCCAGUAACGUUCGUCCUUGCGAGGACGAGAACCCGAGCUGUGCGUCUUAUGGGCACUACUACUGCGAGGCCAAAGAAUAUGUCCGCUGGGUUGACCAGAACUGCCGGAAGUACUGCGGACUCUGUGUAUCGAACGACACAACCACCACCUCCACGACCGUUGCGACAACUACGCCACACGCGGUUUGCGAAGACAAGAGGGCUGGCUGCACGAAUUACGUGGACUCGUGCAAAGAUCCCAUAUACGAGGGUUUCCUGAGGAACAAUUGUGCAGCCACAUGCGGCUUCUGCAGGUCGUACCUUUACGUGAACGGGACCACAGUGCACAAUACCAAAUGUCCGGACUGGCAGGUCCCCUCCGAGUGCACGAUGUCCGCUGCUGACCACAACUGCUGUCCUUUCCCGAUCUGUCCCAGCACCUAUGUGUACACGGUUGACAAAGGAAACACCUACACCAAACACUGAAAUCAAGUAGACUGCGGGAUUUGAGCGUUCUUAUAGUCUUUAAACUAGGCUUGACAGUACAUAUUUAUAUAUUAUUCAAUAAAAUACAGUUUGUUUAAGCUGUUAGCUGUUAUUUUUAUUAAUUGAUAAGUAUAUUAUGAGUACAAAAUUAAGUUUAAAAAUUGUAAUCACGUCGAUUCAUAAACUAGUAAAAUAUCUCGCCUACAUAACGGUUUUACUAUGUUUUGUCCUGUUUCAAUAAACAACAAUAAAAAUAACGUAUUUCCACAAACAAACAAACAAUCAAGCAGAACGGAUUUAUUAUAAUGCAUACGAUUAUUGCUGGAAGAUACAGUAAAUAAAAUGAGUAUAUAUAAUGUGUAUGUUAAACGCUUUUUGAUAUUGUAAAUAUGUCGUAGUUUAAUAGCUUGUAUUAUUUUGUUUAUUGAUUUGCUGUAAAUUAUUAAAUAAGCAAUCAUAAGUAUGCAAUUAGUGUUUAAUAAAUGUUUGCCAAGA